AUGGUUUAUUUCUUUCCCUUUUCAAAAUCCCAUUAUCGCUCAUAUUCUUUACACUUUUGUGGAGUAAUUUUUUCAUAUAUCUUUCCUUUAUCUUUCAAGGGGUUUUACUGUCAUAAAAUUUCCUCUAUUACUGCUUUUCCCUUUCUCACUAUCUAUCUGCUCAGCCAAUUCUCUAUCUAUCUAUCUAUCUAUCUAUCUAUCUAUCUAUCUAUCUAUCUAUCUGUUCAUACCUAUCUAUCUCAGCUGUUCAUACCUAUCUAUCUAUGUAUCUAUCUAUCUAUCUCAGCCUGUUCAUAUCUAUUUAUCAAUCUAUCUCAGCCUGUUCAUAUCUAUCUCAGCCUGUUUAUAUCUACCUAUCUAUCUAUUUCGGCCUGUUCAUAUCUAUCUAUCUCAGCCUGUUCAUAUCUAUCUAUCUCGGCCUGUUCAUAUCUAUCUCAGCCUGUUUAUAUCUAUCUAUCUAUCUAUCUAUCUAUCUAUCUAUCUAUCUAUCUCAGCCUGUUCAUAUCUAUCUAUCUAUCUAUCUAUCUAUCUAUCUAUCUAUCUCUCAGCCUGUUCAUAUCUAUCUAUCUCAGCCUGUUUAUAUCUAUCUAUCUAUCUCAUUUUAUAUCUAUCUAUCUAUCUCAGCCUGUUUAUAUCUAUCUAUCUAUCUCGGCCUGUUCAUAUCUAUCUAUCUCUCAGCCUGUUCAUAUCUAUCUAUCUCAGCCUGUUUAUAUCUAUCUAUCUAUCUCGGCCUGUUCAUAUCUAUCUAUCUCUCAGCCUGUUCAUAUCUAUCUAUCUCAGCCUGUUUAUAUCUAUCUAUCUCGGCCUGUUCAUAUCUAUCUAUCUCUCAGCCUGUUCAUAUCUAUCUAUCUCAGCCUGUUCAUAUCUAUCUAUCUCAGCCUGUUUAUAUCUAUCUACCUAUCUAUCUAUCUCAGCCUGUUCAUAGCUAUCUAUCUCAGCCUGUUUAUAUCUAUCUAUCUAUCUAUCUAUCUAUCUAUCUAUCUAUCUAUCUCAGCUUGUCCAUAUCUAUCUAUCUCAGCCUGUUUCUAUCUAUCUAUCUAUCUAUCUAUCUAUCUAUCUAUCUGGUUACCUGUUUUAUCCUUCAUUCUCUUGCUGUAUAUAAUUUAUUUGCUCACUUCUUUUAAUAUGAACGCUUAUUAUUAUAGUUUCUUUCUUUCUUUCUCUCUCUCUCUCUCUCUCUCUCUCUCUCUCUCUCUAGUCAUGUAUUUUUCUCUCUAG